AUGUCCUCUAACAGGAAGUACGCUGCAUUGCCGGAUCUGGAUUCAGCACCAGAUAUUUACGAAACUCCAGAGCUCAUUGACGACCAGUCAACAGUUCCGUCGACCACGGUGCGGUCGCCUUCCGACGAUGACUACGACGACAACGAGGGCGACGCGACCGGGAUAUCACGAUCGCGUCUCCGGAUCAACCAGGCUAGAUCGAAGUUUAUGCCGGCCGCAGUAGACGCGACAGACGUGGAUUUCUCUGACCGCCUGGUCAGUAAACGGAAGUCGUACAAGACAUCAACGCGACGGCACCGGAUUCUCAGGGACGGCACAGAGGAGAUAUGCGACCUGAGCGAUGAGGACGACGCAGGUAACCUCGCGCGAAAGAUUGCGCGGUUAAAGCGUGAAAUUGAAGAGGCCAAGGAAGAAUAUGGGAAGCAGAAGGCAGCAUCGAGCCAAACCCAGGAUGAAGAGGUUGCCGAGGGCGAAUUCGAGUCUCUCAGCAACAUGCUGGAUGAGAUCUCGGGGCUCGGCCAAUCACUAGCCCCUCGCCUCAUCCCUACAUCCCCACCGGCCGGUCUCGGGGGAAAGGCUCCCGGAGAGCCCGAAGACAGCAUCAGCUACGCGAUAACAUACGCGCCAAGCUAUGAACAGACACAUGCUCUGGAGAAAGCCGCGGAGUUCGACCGGCGUCUGGUGGUCCUGGAGAAGGCACUGGCCAUUGGUUCCGCGGCCAUGCCCGAGUUUGACUCGAAUGGCCUACCGCGCGCCAUCAUCCCUCUCCUUGAACACCUUCACAAGCAGAUCUCGACUUUGUCUGAGGCCUCAGUCCCCUCUCUGGAUAGCAUCAGUCGGAGGGUGCGGGCGCUGACUCAGGAGGCCGAAAACCUGGAGAAGGCCCGCCGAAACGCCAAGUCAGCGCACGAGGCACUUGUUGCGGCGGGAGCUGCGCCAACGGCCGAAGCUUCUCCCGAAGACUCGGAGCAAACAGCCAAGAUCAAUGCGCUCUACGGCACCCUCCCAACCAUCGAAAACUUGACACCUCUUCUGCCGCCUCUGCUAGACCGGCUCCGUUCGCUUCGGACGAUACAUGCGGAUGCAGCCACGGCGGCGGAGACCUUGGCGCGCCUGGAGAAGAAGCAGGCCGAGAUGGCUGGCGAGAUCCGGCAGUGGCGGGAGGGAUUGGAGAAGGUCGAGGCUGCCGUCAGGGCAGGAGAUGCAACCAUGGCCAAGAAUGUGGAUGUGAUGUCUGGGUGGGUGAAGGAUCUUGAGGAGAAGAUGUCCAAGUUGUCGUAG